GCCGAGCUCGCUGCCGCUUGGCCCCCUUUUCUCUGAGCAGGGCCCUGAAGCGUUGACUCCUAAACGUAUCCUCCUAGGUUGUGAAGGUUUGCUGGAGCUGCAGAUACAGUUGGCUGAAGGAUAGGCCGCUUUCUGAGGAGUUUGCUGGGAACAUUGACAGUGGGGAUAUUCAGGGUGUUUCAGAUAAAAGCAUCUUAUUGGUGAUCAGUGCCAUAUAUUGCCAAGAGUCCCCUUGCUCAAGAUGGCAAUGAUUUUGAUAGGUGAGCAUUUUGUUGGUAACCUGCAAACUGGAAACCCUUUCUUGUCUUGCCUAAAGAUUUUUGCGAUUUUCCUGGUAACGCAACUGAAUCGUGCGGAUGCGUUGGACUGUGGGCUAGGAGAAUAUCCCAUAGGUGCUGAGUGCUGCCCGAUGUGUGCUGCUGGACUUCGGGUUUUCAAGCAUUGCACUGCAAAUUCCAGCACAACGUGCAUGCCUUGUGUUGAGGAUACAUACACAGACCAUCCCAAUGGUCUAGAACGCUGCAAGAAAUGUAAAUUGUGUGAUAAAGGAGCCAACCUGGUGCCAGAAGUAGUAUGUACCUCUACGAAGAAUACAGUGUGUGGCUGUCCCCUGGGAUAUUUCUGCAGUUAUUUGGGGACUGAAGACUGUGAAUUUUGCCAACGCUACACUGUCUGCUUUCCUGGCACUGUGGUGAAAGAAAGGGGCACAAAGACCACUGACAAUGUAUGUGAAGCUUGUCCUCCUGGAACCUUCUCAGCAGCCAACAUGUCAAAUAGCUGUACACCAUGGCCUAGGCUUAAGGAGAAUGGCCUGGUACAAGAAGAGGAGGGGACUCCUUCAGAUGCAGUUUGUGCAAAUUGCUUGCCUGUUACAGCUAUUGUUGGUGCUGUUCUUGGAGUUGUGCUGGUUGCUGUUGCAACUGGUCUUAUAUAUAUCUGGCAAAGGAGGAAGAGGAAAAAUUAUGUGCUAUCGGUGCAGGAAUCAGAGGUGGAGAAAAGAUGGCCUUGUAAAGGACUCCCUAAGUGACUACGUUCCUUUGAAAACAAGUGUGAAAAGUCACGAUAAAUCUGCAACAGAUGAAGAAAGCAUGAAACUUCAGGUAGGAGCAGUUGUUGCUUAUAGCUGAAAUUGGUGUCCUGAUUUAAAAUGGGGAAACUAUUUGUAGCCUAAACUUUACCCGAUUACAGGGUAAAUGAUAAUUAUUAUCAUAUGAGCAAAUGGUCCCUGUACCACUAGAACUGGGACUCAGACAUAGAAUGCUUGUAAGGCUGUGCUCUGCCUGCUCUAAAGCUUGUGUCCACAAGCUGGGAACGUACCUGCUGCCACCAGGAACAGGUGCUGUCAGAUGCUGGACUGUCCAUGCUGUUUAUCUGGAUGUUUGAUUAUAACAUGAUAUUUAGCAAGCUGUGCUGAAAAAUUUCAUGUGACAGACUGGAGGAUUUUGAAGCUUGGUCAAGUCAGUACCAGCAUCUUGCUAGAAAGAUGUUAUCUGCUCUAAGCUUUGAAUCGGCAAUUCAGUUAAAACUUAUAUGCGAGGGAAACUUGCAGAUGGAACAGAUGUCAGACACCUAGAAACCUAAUGCCAUGAAGUGAACUAAGCAUGCAGUAACAGACCCUGCUUAACAAGCCACUGUCUUCAUUUGGAAGAGCCCUCUGCAUUUAUCUCUUUGUAGAUGUUCACUCACUGAUGGUUUAAGAUCAGUGAAAUUCCACUGCUGACUCUGUCCUCAACUUGAACAGUUUCUCACUUAUGGUAGCAGAUCUCCUCUUAUUCUGCAACCCUUGUGCUGUUUUCAAGAGGCCUCUGGACAAACCUUUCCAGAUAUGCAGCUUUGAUUCUGUAAAGAGAGUUGUGGAUAUGGAGCUUGUGUGUCAGCUUUCUAGCCUCUCGGCUAUUUGGAUUUGCAGGGUGGACUCUUGUCAUUUUAGUGUUGAAUUCUGUAUAUGUAUCUGUCUUAAUACUACAAUAUGUAAUCAACAGUUUCAACCUAUUGCUUAAAGGGAAGUGUCUGUUCAGAAGUAUUUGUGCCUAAAUGAAUCCUUGGUAAAACUGGUUUAACAAAAGCGAGCCUUGUGAUCUAGCAUUUCUUCCCCCUCACUCUUUAAUCUUUCCCUGGAGCACUUAAACAAGGCUUCUGAGACUUGUCAGUUGCUUGGUAGAGGCUGAAGAGGAAAUGUAUCAGGGACUCUGCAGUUCUUGACCGGACCUUGUACUGUGUCCUUGCUUUUUUCUGACUUGUGCUCUGCUGCCUGUGCUAUGUAAAAACAUAUGAUGAGCAUUCUUUUUUUUUUUAAACCAUACCUAUAAGGCUGCCAGCCAGACACUAUCUCAGUCUUGUGUUCAGUCUUCUCUGUCCAGAAUAGUAUGGUACGUCAGACUUUGGAUGAGAAGUUGUUGCAACUACUGAAGCAAUACUCUCCAAACUGAAGAGGAAAAAGACAGCAGCUUGUUGGACUUUGUAUGUAUAUUCAUUAUUGCUCCUCCUAAAGAGCGUGGUAUGUGUAAACAGCUCCUCAUGAAUCACUUAACAACAGCUUUCCAAAGUAGUUGCAAUUGUCCUUAUCUCUUCACUUACACAUGAACUGGUUUUAAACUAAUUGUAUAUACCUCCUGAGACUGGGGGAUGUGGGAACAGGACAGUAAUUAGUGAUGUACCCUUGUCUUUAUUUGUCAUUAAAUUUAAUAAAAGUCACUGAUGUUUUGCUUUGGAAAAGGUAAGUUUUUUUGUUUGUUUUUGUUUUUUUUAAUCAAGUUGACUAACAUUCUUAACUCCAGAAGUAGAGGAGGAGAAUCAGUUUCUUAGAAUCAGAAUAACUCUUUGCAAAUGCCUGAGAGGGAAUUGGAGGUAAUUUGAAAAGAAAUUCAGGUCAGGGCGUGGGCGUGGGACACUCCACACAUCCCUUAAGGGAAAGAUGUGGACAUCACAGCUUGAAAUGACUUGGACUGUUCUCCUCUGCGGAUGGUGGUUCUCCUCCUCCUUGCUAAUUUCUCAGAUAAUAACACAAUUGUACCAGUCUCAAUGGGGUACACUGCACAGAGGUUAAUAAGGGAUGAGACCAGUGCCUUGAUGGUGAUUAUUGGGGCCCUGGAGAAAAGGAGCCAGAACUGCAUAGUCUAUGAGAACGGGUCUAAGCUGGGUUUUCUGGAAGAAGCAUGAAGAGUCUCUGUCUUAUCUUUAGUAUCUUUGUAGCAGGAAAUAACUGACCAAAAGGAGGUACAGGAGUUUAUCCUAUAUCUGUUUAAACACUUCUGCAUAUAAGAGCUGUAUUAAUUGCACUGAAGGAAAUUAUUUUUUCUCCUCUUCAGCCUGUUGUGUCACUGGGGUGCUGGCUUUUUCUGCCCUUCUCAAAAUUUUGAAAAACCUCAAAUCCUCGAUCGUCAUCUUAAGUCCAGUAGCAUCCUACCAGCUUGUGUAUAAUGCUGUGGCACAGCAGGACUAGCACCAGACCCAUCUCUGGGUGGUACCUGAUAGCAGAGCGCACUGAGGUCAGCAGGAUGUCCUCCUUACUCAUUUCUAGACAAGUUGCUCUGUGAUCCGCUAAGCAUCAAAGUCUUAUCAGGCUUUGCAAAGGCAGCCUGCUGCAAUGAAGCUGAUGAGAUUUGACAGUGGAUCUCUAGAAUUGUCAUAGCAUCAGUACCUUGCUGUAGAGCUGUUUUGGUGUCAAGGAUCCCUGCUUGGAAGCUCAGACUGAGUUUCCUUCCCUCUGAACCCAAAGGUACUGACGUAUAGCAAUACAAUGCUUGAUUUCAUUUAAUGUGUGUUGCAGGAGGACAAGACUGAAGGCAUGAAGUGUCAUUAGUGUCCCUGUGGCUUACAAGCUUUCAAGACUCCUGUUUUGCCAGUCGCUGCCUGCACAUGAUUACAUGCCAUGGAAAAGUAACACAGUUGUCAGUAGGGAGUGCCAUCUCCUAGCUUGUUUAAACUGACUGUGAGCUUAACUCUGUUCACGUUUCAUCAAGGUCACCGGCACCUAGAGUGAUAUAGGGGGCUUUAACUGUGGAGGGGAGGUGUGACUGCAGAGCCAGCAAUAGGGAUAAAGUAGAAGGGCACGCGCAGGACUUUAAAGGAGGUUGUAGCUUCUGCACUUGGGUUGUGCUGGCACAGACACAAAGUGACAGAUGGAAAGAUUCUUCUGCAGGUGGGAGGCGUAAUAAACUUGCAUGAAGAAAUAAGUAACUUCCAUGUGCUGUAAUAAUAACUUGGAACAAAACCUCCCAGGCACAUUUUAAUUAUCCCUUCAGCAGCUGCACGUGCCAGAACUUCUAAUGGCACAUCUCCAGAGCUUAAUGAUUUUGCAAAGUAAUUAACUUGUCAACCAUGUGAACCUCCUCCA